AUGCGUGGUAUUAAAAGCUUUAGACAAUCCCGGCGGUAUAUACAUUUAGACGAUGACACUGGGUUUACCGAUGCGCAGUUUGAAAGAAGAUCUACACCAGGUGCAUUGGGUAUAAUUUUUGGGUCAUUGAUCACUGCGGGAAUUAUUGCAGAUGACUCUUGGUUAGAUAAAGGAAAACCUUUUCUAUUUCUUGGAUCAUUAUUGUUUAUUCCGGGCGCGUAUCACGUCCGGUUAGCUUAUUACGCGUAUAAAGAAUACGAGGGUUACGAUUUUAAUCAGAUUCCGGAUUGGGAUUAA